UAGAAUGAUAUGCAUGAUUCAGAUACGUUUAGCAAUAGCAAAUAAAAACAUUUAAAUGUAGGCAUUGCCAUCUUAGUCCAUUAGAUUGUAUAGCAUUGCAGUCACUUUAAGCAGCAUUUGGAAUCUCAGGCUGCAUGUUAUUUAAUAGUGAGAGCAUUGAAGAACACUUUAUUUAAUAGUGAGAGCCUUGAAGAACACUUUAUUUAAUAGCGAGAGCAGUGAAGCUGAUCCAACCACAGGUCAUAUAUAGGUCGUUAGUGAGUCCUAAUUGGCUAGAUCAGUUUAACGGAUUUAAAGCGUCAUUGUCCAGUAAAUCUUAAUCUGGUCCUUCGGUGGACAUGCAGAACAGUGAUUUGGAAGGUUUAUGACACGUCUCCAUUAUGUACACCAACUCCUUUCAGUUGAACGCAAGAGAGCCAGGGGACCGUUGGCAGAAAAUGUAAAGGCCGUUCUAUGCCACUGACCUGGAAGCAUUACUGCUGCUAAUAUCAUGGGGACUGGGCCUCUUGCGGUUAUUGAGAUUGAUGUUCACAGGCUGGAAUGAUUGAAGUGAAAUCUUGCAAAGUCUGCCAAGAGACAGAGAUUCAGCACGUACAAGGGACUAAACUGACAAUGCUGUCUUAAUCAUCUUUACACCUCUAUAGACUGAAGCUUGAGGUACAUCUUUAUCAGCUGGCUCUGUUACCCGCAAGAGUGCAAUGCCAAAGGAGCAUUGGCCUUUUUAUAGCUUUGGAUUAAAAUGCACAAGCUAUCCAAAAUGGACUGAAAGCGAUUAUCUCCUAUUUUCAACUUUUCCAUCUAAAAUAAUCCUUCUUGGGUCGCUUUUGGCAAUCCUGUGCUUUCCACAGUUUGUACACUGUAUUCCAUACAAAGUGGGAGUUGUUGGACCUUGGUCUUGUGACCCCUUGUUUUCCAAAGCACUUCCAAACGUUGCUGCCAAGUUAGCCAUUGAACGUAUCAAUAAGGAUGCGUCCUUAGAUCUUGGACUCUCUUUUAAUUAUGUGAUACUUGAAGAAGAUUGCCAAACUUCCAAGGCCCUUUCAACCUUCCUUACAUACUCUGGAGUUGCUUCAGGUUUCAUUGGCCCUUCCAAUCCAGGAUACUGUGAUGCAGCUACACUGCUAGGAAAGAACUGGAACAAGGCUGUGUUUUCCUGGGCAUGCAUUAACUAUGAGUUGGACAAUGUUAAGAGUUACCCAACCUUUGCUAGGACUCUCCCUUCCCCCACCCGAGUACUUUUUAAUGUGAUGAAAUAUUUCCAGUGGGCACAUGUUGGAGUCAUUUCAUCUAAUGAAGAUAUCUGGAGGGACACUGGCAGAAAGGUAGCUAAUGCCCUCCGGAGCAAUGGUUUACCAGUGGGAAUUGUUGUCUCCAUGGGAGAUGACAUUAGGAGCACCCAGCAAGCUCUGGAGAAGGUUCGCAAAAUUGACAACAUACGCAUGAUUAUUAUGUGCAUGCAUUCUGUCCUAAUUGGGGGACAGGCACAACAGCGGCUUCUGGAAGUGGCCCAUGACUUGAAAAUGACAGAUGGCACUUAUGUGUUUGUUCCUUAUGACACACUCUACUAUAGUUUACCAUAUCAUAAGACCACAUAUGAUAUGCUGAAGAACAGCCCAAAUCUCACAGCUGCCUAUGAUUCUGUGCUUACAAUCACAGUGGAGUCUGAAGGCAAAACCUUCUAUGAAGCAUUCCAAGAAGCACAGGAGAGCGGGGAGAUGAAUGCUAACAUAAAACCAAGUCAGGUGUCACCAUUAUUUGGAACCAUAUACAAUGCAAUAUAUUUCACUGCUUAUGCCAUGAACAGCAGCAGAAGGCAGGGGACAUGGGUGUCUGGUUCCAGCUUGGUUAAGCAUUCAAAAAACAUGCAGUUUUAUGGAUUUAACCAAUGGAUUAAAACAGAUAUGAGCGGCAAUGGCUUCACAGACUAUGUAAUCCUGGAUGCUGACAUGAAGACAAAUGAGCUACACCGCACCUAUGUAGUGGAUAUGGAAACUGAUAUGGUCCGAUACAUGGGGAGGCCAAUUCACUUUCCAAAUGGGGUCUCACCAAAGACAGACUCCUACUGCUGGUUUUCUGAUGGAAAAAUCUGCACAGGCGGUAUUGAACCUGCCUUUGCACUAAUGGUCUUUCUCUGCAUUGUCGUUGCCAUCAUCUCUUUAAAUGGACUUGCUUAUGUUAUAAGGCGCCGUAUAAAUAAAAUUAAGCUAGUUAGAGGACCAAACAAAAUUCUCUUGACUCUGGAAGAUGUUACCUUUAUUAAUCCACAACUCAGUGUUAAGAAACUGAGCAACGAUGGGAGUCGUACUAGUGACAGUGGCCCGGUAUUAACAGAUACCAGGAGUAUGAAAUCUCCAAUGAGGUCAGGUUCAACUCAAAGCCUUAUACCUGCUACCUAUGAGAAUUCCAAUGUAGCAAUAUAUGAGGGUGACUGGGUUUGGAUGAAAAAAUUUCCUUCUGGAGAUUUUGGAGAACUUAAGCCAGGAACAAGCGAUGUGUUUGAAACGAUGAAAGACAUGCGCCAUGAGAACGUCAACCCAUUUCUGGGGUUCUUUCAUGACUGUGGAGUUUUUGCCAUCGUCACAGAGUUUUGUUCAAGGGGCAGCUUGGAAGAUUUACUAAGAAACCAAGAUGUGAAACUAGACUGGAUGUUCAAAUCUUCCUUACUGCUGGAUCUUAUCAAGGGAAUGAAGUAUCUGCACCACAGAAAGUUUGUCCAUGGGAGACUUAAAUCUCGGAACUGUGUGGUAGAUGGACGUUUUGUCUUAAAAGUCACUGACUAUGGUUAUAAUGAAGUGCUGGAGGCCCAAAGGAUUCCUCAUGAAGAACCAACUGCAUAUGAGCUACUGUGGACAGCACCAGAAUUGCUUAGGGACCCACUUUCAGCAGUGCAUGGCUCUUUCUCUGGAGAUGUGUAUAGCUUCUCUGUUAUCAUGCAGGAAGUGGUGGUGCGUGGCCCCCCAUUUUGUACAGUGGAAGAUACUGCAGAGGAAAUCAUCCAGAAGGUAAAGAAGCCACCGCCCUUGUGCCGUCCCAUGGUGUCCCCAGAUCAUGCUCCAAUGGAGUGCAUCAUACUAAUGAAGAAGUGUUGGAAUGAAGUGCCAGACAGGCGACCCUCCUUUGAUGAAAUAUUUGAUCAGUUUAAGAACAUCAAUAAAGGAAGAAAGACAAACAUCAUUGAUUCCAUGCUGCGCAUGUUGGAACAAUAUUCAAGCAACUUGGAAGAUUUGAUCAGAGAGAGAACAGAGGAACUAGAGAUAGAAAAACAGAAAACAGAGAAACUCCUAACACAAAUGUUACCUCCAUCAGUGGCUGAAGCUCUAAAGAUGGGCUGCACAGUGGAACCAGAGGGCUUUGAUGAAGUUACUUUGUAUUUCAGUGAUAUAGUUGGCUUUACCAGCAUAUCAGCUAUGAGUGAACCAAUUGAGGUGGUGGACCUUCUCAAUGACUUGUAUACACUGUUUGAUGCUGUUAUAGGAAAUCAUGAUGUAUAUAAGGUAGAAACUAUAGGUGAUGCCUACAUGGUUGCUUCAGGCCUACCAAAGAGAAAUGGAAAUAGACAUGCAGCAGAGAUUGCAAACAUGUCUCUUGAUAUUCUCAGUUCAGUUGGGUCUUUCAAAAUGCGACACAUGCCUGAUGUUCCUGUAAGGAUACGAAUUGGCCUCCAUUCAGGGCCUGCAGUUGCAGGAGUAGUGGGUCUGACCAUGCCAAGGUACUGCCUGUUUGGGGAUACAGUAAAUACUGCAUCUCGUAUGGAAUCCACUGGGUUACCCUAUCGAAUCCAUGUCAAUCAAAGUACUGUUAAAACACUUAGGUCUUUAAAUGAAGGCUACCUUUUGGAAUUACGAGGACGGACUGAGCUAAAGGGUAAAGGUAUUGAAGAGACUUUCUGGCUGGUUGGAAAAGAAGGUUUUACAAAACCGUUACCUGUCCCACCAGUGAUCAAGUCAGGGCAGAUGGGUCAUGGUUUGCUGCAGGAUGAGAUAACAGCUUUCAAAAGAAGAAAAGCAGAAAAGCAGCUUGCAAGGAAGAAUAACUGAGGGAUGAAGUGGCCUUCCGAGAUCUAAAGCAACUUCUGAAGACGGCAGUGAAGCGAAUAUCACAGGUCCGACACAUCACUUCUCUAAUGGCACCUGAAACAGAAAGUGAGUAAAAUGCAACUGCAGAUGGUGACCUUAAUCUUCUGGAUUAACUCAAGUCUGAUGCAGUUAAGAAGGACAUCUUUCUGGAGGUCAUCCCUAACAAGAUUUACAUAUUACACCAGAUAAACCAACCCCGGAUGGAUCAUUACUAUGCAAAAAAAAAAAAACCUUGUAUUUUCCAAUCCUCAAAAACUGUGAACUUUGCAAGUAUUUAAAUUGGUACCACGUGGACUUCUUUUCAAUUGGUCGGGAACAUCAAUGCAUUAACCCUGAAUAAAGGGGAAAGCCUGCAACCUAUUGCUGUGCAGUGCAAUGCAGGCCACUUCGGCUGGUAAGAGGAGUUAUACCAGGGUGUCUAUGGAAAAUGAUGGAUUUAUACAAAUGCAACAAUGUUUCAUAUAUUCAGAGCAGCUAUUUUUAUGACAAUAUAUUUUGUUAGGAUGGAUACAAUCAAACUUCAAGGAAUUAUUCCUAGAUAAAUAAAUUUUAGGGAACAAA